GUAAGCAUAUCCCAUAAUUCUACCAUGGAAACAUCAACAUGGCUGCACCGAGCGAAGUGACAGCUCUUCUAAAACGAGGGAAGCGUAGUGUUGCAAGCUUGUUUAAAGGAGAAUGGUCAAGACGAAAUGGUUCUCCGAAAGCAUUUAAAGAAUUUCUAGACUACCUGUUUGAUCCAAGGCGCAAGUCAAUCGAGGACGUUGAUACGAUAGAUUGGUGUCGCUGGAUCGUCGCUGGUGGGGCAACUUUUGACGAGUUCUCAGCAGCAGUAAAGCAGUAUGAUAAUGCAGUUACAUGUGGUCUGGUGUGGACAAAGAACUUUGUAGCCUAUCGCUGCAGGACCUGUGGAAUAUCUCCGUGCAUGUCACUCUGUUAUGAGUGUUUUCAUUCAGGGAAUCAUGAAGGUCAUGAUUUCAACAUGUUUCGCAGUCAGGCAGGAGGUGCUUGUGAUUGCGGGGACAUUAACGUUCUUAAUAAGUCUGGAUUCUGUUCCCGUCACGGUCCUGAUAGGAAGAACCUGAAUAUGACGCCCCCGACAGACUUACUGGCCAUUGCAGAGGCCCUGAUGCCACGGGUUAUCUUAAGACUGAUUCACCACUUCAGGGACAAUUGUAAACCAAUGGCUUACCGUGAUACAUUUAGUCUGGCCAUGAAUGACGCGGAGCAUUUCCUGUCCUUCAUGCACAGUCUCAGUGACAUGGGUGCAGCCAUGCGGAGAGUUAUGGGUUUGGCAUUGACCAACACCACCAUGUAUAAAUAUUUAACAGAAGUGGAAGAACUUCCUGACUACUCCAACAGUUACUUUGUGGAGAGUCAGAAGAACUACCUAGUGGAACUCAACAGUCUCAGUGUUCCUAAGGGAUUCGAGGAUUUUGACAAUUUGCCCGGCCUGUCACAGGAACUACAUCACAGCUGUUUGUUGGAUGAGCUUGUCUUCUGGAUGGUUAAGUACGAGUUUCCUGAGAAAUUAGUCACCCUGCUACUAAGUCUGCUGCCAGAUGAACAUUAUAAGGAGGCCUUUACUAAAGCCUUUGUGAAGCACUACAGCCGGAUAUCUCUUGUACUAGUCAAAGGUCUGAAGCGGACAGAAAUCGGGAAUCGGGUGGUGCACAUCAGUGUCCAGUUGUUCAGCAAUGAGGGGCUGGCGUGUCAGAUGGUACAGGAAUACAACCUUCUGUACACACUGAUCAUCAGCCUCACCCACAUGAUAGAGAAUACUCUACUGGAGAGUUCACUAGAGGACUUUCGCUUGAACUUCCACAUGGUGGUAGACUGUACCAACGAUAUAAUGAAGGAGCACAUCUACUGGCCCAUUGUCAGUGACUUCAUCAAUCUGCUGGCCCACAAGAAGGUGGCGCACAAGUUCCUGUCCGACAGUAAACUGGUGGUCAUGUGGCUGGAUCUCCUCUCCUAUUUCCAGGGAAUGAAUCUCAAUCACCGUGAGCUCAGCCAACAUGUCGAGUUUGAGUCGGAGACCUAUUAUGCUGCCUUUUCUGCUGAACUCGAGAUAGCUUCUGCCCCAAUGUGGUCUCUUUUGUCACACUGUAAAACUCCUGACAGUAAAGAACAUGUUCUGAAUAUGAUUAAAGUGUGCACCGAUGCUCUCCAGGACUGGUUUGAUGCCAUCAACUGUAAGGAGUCCACAAAGCCAAACGCAUAUCAGUUGACCUUCCACCUUCCUCUCCACCGUUACCUAGCAACCUUUAUAGAGACAGGGAUCACCUAUCAUUCUAUGACCUUAGAUGACCUUCCACUGACAGACAAAAUGUUGAAGAUGACCUUUACACAUCUUUUACAAAUACAGGUUUGUUUAGCAGAGAUUUACACCUCCAUGUGGGUCCGGAAUGGAAUUCAGAUCAAAGGGCAGGCCAUGACCUAUAUUCAGUGUCAUUUCUGCUACUCCAUGGGGGACGCAGACCUUUACUUGAUGCAGCUAUGUGCCUGUAAAUUUGAUCCAGAUUACUUUGUGAAAACAGUAUUGGAGAGGUUCCAUGUGGAGAACUGGCUAACAUAUGGGUCUACUCCGAUCAACACAAGUUUCAAGUUAGAGCCCGAGCAGCAGAUAGCAAUGGUGGAUGCUGUUCUUCAGCUCUUCACGACUCUGCUGGGUGUCAGAACCUACCUGGGCAUUGGUGACAAGGAGUUGACCCGUUUUGAGAUGGCCACUAUCUUGUGUUUUGGGGACAAGCCUUACAGUCAGAUCAUGGACUCCAUGCCUGAGAGAUCGGGCAUCACAGGACAGAAGGAGCUGUUUGAGCCAACACUGUCAGAGAUUGCCGAUUAUAAAGCUCCAAAUUUGGAAUCCAGUGGAGGUCUACAGCAGGGAACCUAUACACCCAAAGGGUUCGUUUGGGAAAGAGAGUUUGAUCCUGUCCAUGUAUCACUUCGAGCUUUGUACAAGAAGGACAUCCAGACAGCCCUAGACAGAUACACAGAACAUAUAAGACAGUCUGGAAAAUACAAGUCCAAGACUCCACCCUGGCCCCCGUUCCGACCCCCAGGGAAGAUCUCUGGGGCGUACAAAGAUCUGCAUCGACUUCUACACUGUAAAACUAUGCAUGCAUUCCUGUUCACAGUCCUCUAUAAGUUUAUGAAAGAAUCCAGCAUUCCGGACAGUGUUCUGUACAACACCGUGCAUCUUCUUGACCUUGCAAUGACCUUGCCAUCUCCUGAUACUUGCAGAAAGUUUAAGUCGUUCUGUGGGAGUGUGACAGACGUGGACUACCACGACUGGUUCUGUGGCACCAGCAUCCACCAAAAUGUCCGGGAGGUGGUGAGGGAGGUGCUGAUCCCGGUGAUGGUCGAGGACUUCCUCCCCACCUCACUAUCUAGUCUGGAGGAGAUGUUCCAGAUGGCCCCCAGCGCCAUGAUGAACACAGCUGGUCCUAUCACGGCAGCCCACUCCGGGGCACUACCCACUGGACUGGUUCCCGUCCCUGUCUCAAGUCACCAUCACCGGGUCGCCCAGAAAUCUCACCAAACGGCGGCCAAGUCUGACUCUGUGCCAAAAUACGAAAAUAGAGGUGUCUCCACUGAGAAUGCUCAGAAACUGUGUGUCCCAAUCAACGAAUGCAUCAUCAGUAUGUUGAUCAAAAUUCAUGCCAAGUUGAUGGGACAAUCGUGUUCAUAUGUUCCAUUAUCGCAGUCAAAGCGACAGAUUAGUGAUUCUGUGAUAGGGGAUGGUCCGUUUUUUGUGUGUAAACUUUUGGAUAAAAUGUCUAGAAGUAGCACGGACUGUGCACGUGCUAUAGAGGAUGUUUACACUUCUCUUAAUCCAAAGGAAGUGUCAGGGGCAGGAAAAAAGCGAGACACAGCAAAAGAUGAGGAAAGGCGACGUAAAGCUCGGGAGAGACAGCAGAAGUUGAUGAACAAGUUUGCUAACAAGCAGAAGGCUUUCAUGCAGCAAAAUCCCCAAGCGGCUUCUGAUGAUGAGAAUGACAUAAUUAGUGAUUUGUCUGCCACGGAGAUUCCACAGGAAGUAAGCGGAAGUGUCCAGGCCCAGGAGUAUGACUGUGUUAUCUGUGGCACCACCUCUGCCUCCACCGCAGACAAAACAAUGGGUCUGGUGGUGCUGCUACAGCCCAGCAGUGUGUUGGGACACAGACUCCAGGAGAACGAUGUGAUCAGCCUGCCCCUGAAGAAGGACCAGAAGGUCUACCCCCACGUCUCGUGUGCCUCCGUACAGAGGCAGCAGCUCAAGACCAUGUUUGAACACUUUGAAGAGAGCUCCUGUCAACUGUCUGUUAACAUUGGCUGGGAGGGAGGUGUGGUCGUGCACACCUGUGGUCACUAUUUACACCUGGACUGUCACAGCUCCUACCUGCUGUCUCUCAGGACACAGGAGAUGACCGGGAACUUGGCUGUCAAUAAAGGGGAGUACUGGUGCCCCCUCUGUCGGCAGCUGGCAAACUCUGUGAUUCCUAUCCCUCCAGAGGAGGACCAGUUUACUAUUAAGAGACCGUUGUCUUCUGAUCCCAAGCAGCUUAUCAAAGAUGUAGCAGAUAUGAUGGUCUCCAGGCCUAUUACUCCUAGAUCUCCGAACCUGACAAAGGUGAUGGGCAGUGUGAUGGAGGACCUAACGAAUGCCACGUACGGGAAAUUCAAGACCUACACCAGCUCCCAGACCUCCGAGAGCGUUCUGCUGUUUGUCUGUUCUGUGGCAAGAACAAAUCUAGAAAUGGAGUUGGUUAACAGAGGGAACAUGUUGACGAAAUCCUCCUCUCAGUCAGGGAAGCGCUGCUUCUUGCCUUUGUACCAUGUACUGAGUAUGCACAGUAAAAUCCUGACCACGAAGCCCUACACGGACCUCUGGUCACACAUGACUGGACUUUGUUGUUCUGUGCAGACAGACAGUGUGUCACUUUACCAUAAAGAUGUCCCUCUUUUGUUGAAAGACCCUGUGUCUCUGCUGAUUCAGAUCUUAUUAACACUGCCUUCUACCAUGGAGAAAGAGCAUUUUGAAUGUGUGCUACAAGUUCUGUACAACGUGGUGUAUAUCAAAGCCAUUGCAGCAACCAGUUGUACGUUUACAUCGGAGGAGAGGGAAGCUUGGAGGAAGAAAGGAAGACAUUCACAGCUGACAACUCUGGAAGGAAUGAUGAGUCAUGUGAUCACGCGGCUACAGCUGAGUCGAGUUUACGAUGACAUUGACAUGGACAAGGACAUCCCAGCUAUCUGCCAGAGUGUCUGGUCUCCACAGAGUGUAGACAUGGCCAUUCAGGACAUUUUCCUGCCAUUUCUGCGUGUGGCGGCACUGCUCAAAUAUCACCUAUUUAAUGUGGAAUUUCCCAGUCAAAUGUCUUCAGACUGUGAGUUUUUACACCUGUGUACUUACCUGAGGAUCCUGGGGACCCAGCCCGCUACCAGUGAUGGACAAAACACCUGCUCAGCAAGGGUCUGCUGGACUACAGAGGAACCCCUCAACCUGACCCGCGCCUGGUGCACCGACCUGGCCAACGCAGCCAAUCAGGAGCCGGUUGACUUCAAGUCCCUGUUAAUGUCCACUAACACAUGGUCAGCCCCGAGCCUGAUAGAGUUGCCCAACCAGUACUACCAGAUCUUCCAGUCCUACAGUCAGCGCACCUGUGUCACCUGUGGAGAGGUUCCCAACGACCCGGCCAUCUGUCUGGUGUGUGCCAACUACACCUGCUUCCGCCAGAACUGUUGUACCCAGCAAGGGGUCUCUGAGUGUGUUCAUCAUUCCAUUCAGUGUGGAGCUGGAACAAGCAUGUACCUGUUGAUCAACUCCACCAUAGUGGUGGUUAUACGUGGACCCCGGGCCACGCUCUGGGGCUCUGUCUAUCUGGACGAUCAUGGAGAAGAAGACCGUGACCUCAAGAGAGGGAAGCCGCUGUACCUGAGCAAGGAGAGGUACCGCCUGCUACAGCACCAGUGGCUGACCCACAGCUUUGACCGCAGCUGUCAGCGCUGGAUAUGGCACCAGGACAGGCUCUAACCAAUCACAGCACAGGACUUAGCUCAGUUCAGCCAAUCAGGAGUGUUUUUAUAAUUCCCUGCUUGUUGAUGUUUAGAUCACUGGUCAUGCACAUCAAACUCAAUAUUGUCUUUCUAUUUAUCUGAUUGGUCAGAGGAAUCCAUGUGUCAGCAUAACAGACAAGUUAACUUGUUUGACAUUUGUAGAUCAUGAUAUUAUCUGUGAUGGAUAACUUGACAAAGUGAAGAAUGCUCAAAAUGAUAAUGGAAAGGCUAGGGUUAUUUUCUGUUAUUUCUUCUAUGACGAUAACCCUCACCUUUUCAAACAUUUUUUUUGUGGGGUUGGGGAAGGAGGCAUGUUGAAAUCACCAUGUCCAUCUAUCUAAGAUCUCUUAAACAUCUUCACGAUUUAUUAAUCUCCGAUCCUCAACCAUCUUCGAUAAAUCUAAAUAUCCAGAUUUUUUUUUUAUUUGUACCAUAAAUCUGUCUUUUAUAUAGACAAAUUUAAUUAGUUUUCUUGUGUUAAUAUUAUGUUCAGUUAUUCAAUGAGAAACUUGGCUUAGUGGUUACACAGAGAACUAUUACAUGUAGGUAAAGGAGAUCGAUCCACUGAUGAAACGACAUAACCUUUUGUUUUUAAAUUUGAUCUCAACUUGUAUAUUUAUUCCAUUAUAUUUACAUCUCCCGAGUAUGAUUCCCUCUAUUUUUUAUGAAAGCUGAUAGUUAAUUCACAGCCCUAUAUAAAAACAGCCAGACUGAAUUCUACACACCCUGUUUAGUAAUUUAGUUAAUUUUACUUAAUUUUUACAAUCAAUUUCUUAAUUUGUUAAAAGAAAGAUGUACAUAUAAAGAAUAAAACGCUUUCUUUGAGGAUUCAUGUGGAUAAUGAAGGUAGCGAUCAUUGCAGAAAUUUUUUUACAUAACCCAUUUUAGCGAGUUGUUACCCUCAUGUCCCACAUGAAUCACUUAAGAAAGCAUUUUAUUGUUUAAAUAUCCAUCGGGGAAAAUUUGCAAUAACUUUGUAAAAUGUAUAGAUACCAUAAAUAAAUUUCUUUUUAUUUCAUUUAUAUAACGUUAAAGUUUGAAGGAUAAAUAACGUUUUUAUGAUGGAAAAAAAAUACUCUGAGACUGAGGGUCGGAGAAAAUUAAAAGAUGUCCAUUGUUGUUAUAUACCUACAGGUGAUAACGUUUUUUACUCAUCACUGGUGUCCACCCUUGGCUACUUGACAAUGAUUGUUUGCAAGGAUUUUCAAAAAAGAUGGUUAGGGUUAGGAUUUACAACUUUUCUUUUCUAUGCAGUUGUUUAAUAGUUUAUAGACUGUUUUCAAAGAAUUUGUGACAUGAUAUUUCACUGAGACUAAUGAAUGUACAAAUUUAGGAGGGGAUAUUUCUGUCUAUCCCUGUCAGUCUUUCCACUCAACAGUUCACACAACUUUACUAUCUAUUCAAGAACUUAUAUGAGAAGAAAUAUCAGAGGCUCAUACUUGGCAUAAAGUCAGCUUAUGAUGUAAGAGUUUGACAUGACCUUUAUGUGAGGUCAAAGACCAGUGGUCAUAUUAAGUGUGGGUAUUGUUAUUAAACUAUUUUGUAUGCUGGUUAAAGAAGAAAGUUGUUAAUCAUGCUUCUGAAUUGUUUUUAUCCACUAACUGUUUUUUUCUGAAAUCAUUAAAUCUGACCAUUAAUUAAUUAAUGCAAAGGAAUGUUGACUCAGAUUUUGACCAGUCAGUAUGGUGAGCUCUAAAGUCAUACUUAGUAAAAAAUACUAGAUAUCAGAGUGAAUUGUAAAUUGACUGCCAUCAUGAUUUUAUUCAUAUUUUUUAAAGUAUGAUUUCAAUAUUCCAAAUGAGCUAAGAAAACUUGUAGGGAGAGGGCAAAAUUUCAAAGUUCUUAUAACUUGUGCCCAAUCCAUUCUUAACGAUUUAUUACAAUAAAAUAUGUUUAAAUCAAAUCAGGUAAUAAAAAGCAAAACUAUGGUAAAUUAUGCUCAAAACUCAAUAGGGUCAAAUUUUCUUUAAUUUGCCAGUAGUUUAAAGUUAAAAUAAGUACAGCAAAUAUUUUAAAGUAAACUGAUAAAGGGGUUAUAAUCAAUGUUUAAAAAAAACUUAUAAAUGAAAAUAAGGUUAUUAUAAUAGGCCUGUACAUACAGAAUAUGCCAUAUACUUCAUAGGGAUACUGAGUAUUUUGUUUCUGGAGAAUAUGACUAGAAUAUAGUCUAAGGCUUUCCAAAUUUAUUCAAUUUUGAAGUCUUAUACGUGAUAUUUCACAAACUUUUGAGAAAAGGCAUUUGUGAAAAAUAUAAAUUUGAUUGUGUAAAAUGUGAAAUAUUGAAGAAAGGUACAUGUACAAUGUAAUAAUGAUUAUCAGUGGUACCGUUAUAUGGCUUCAAUAAUUUUCAAAGAAAAGUGAACUAUUAUGGAGUUAUUAAUUUUAUUUUGUCUAAAAUGCAUUUUUUUAUUCAAAAAAAUCCUUGACAAAUGUCAUUCAUUUUUUACUGCUCAUUGUUUGUAGAUGAGCAUCAUAUUGUUAUUAGGAAUGUAAACUUUUGUUUUUAACAUUUGUUUUUUUUUAUUACAUAUUCUUUGCCAUGUUUUACUGUUAUUAUGGAUUGCACUUAAUCCAGCUUUUGUUGUGUGUUGAAAAGUAAAGAGGAGGAAACUUAAA